AUGUCUUGCUACGACCUGUCCUACACCUCUGCCUGCGGCGUCUACCGCCCUCAGCCCCUCGCUGACAGCUGCAACGAGCCGUGCGUCCGUCAGUGCCCCGACUCCACAACCGUGAUCCAGCCGCCUCCAGUCGUCGUCACCUUCCCCGGCCCCAUCCUCAGCUCCUUCCCCCAGGAUUCAGUUGUGGGAUCCUCUGGAGCACCCGUCCUUGGGGGCUAUGGGGCCUAUGGCUCCCUGGGCUAUGGGGGUCUCUAUGGCUAUGGGGGCUAUGGCUCCUCCCUGGGCUAUCGGGGUCUGUACGGCUAUGGAGGCUCUCUUGGUUAUGGGGGCCUGUAUGGCUAUGGUAGACCCUACGGUUCUAACUAUUGCAACCCUUACUCCUACUGGUACAACAGGUACGGCCGUGGCAGCUGCGGGCCCUACUAA